AUGUGUAUCGUGUGUUCUGCACGCUCCUUUUUUGGCGUAAACGGCACACUAUGUAUUCAUUGUAAUCGCCAACAUCAGACCGAAUGGAUGUGCAAACAUUUUGAUGCUGUCACACAGAGAGACGUUCGCAUUGAAUUGAUUCGUUUUACUUAGUCGACCGAUAGCUGAGAGUGCGAGAAAGAGAGAGAGAGCAAGAGUCAUCUCGUGCUGUCAAAACAACCAACAGGAAAAAAAAAAUUGAAUCACACAACUCGUAAAUAAUAAGUAAAAUUACUUUGAAAAACGCGAAAAAACCAAAGUAGAUAAAACAAUUUCAAUCAAAACAUUCAAAGUGAAUAUUUUAAAAGCGUUCAGCGAUUGCAUUUGUGUAUUCUUACAAGUUGAAAUUGUGCAUUGUGUGAUACACCUUUUUUUGUUCGAAAUAAAACCGUUUUUGGGUUGGGUGGUGUGCUGCAGCUUCUUUUCAUUGUUUUCGUUGCAAAAGUGAACGAGUUGUUGGUGGGGCUAGAACGAAAUUUCGGUGUGUUUAUUUAGCAACAAAUUCGAAACACUCGCAAACACACGAUCGAAAUUGUUGGAGACGAACGUGACACAGCAUUAAAAACAGAAUGGAAGACGAUAUCAGUGUGAACACGAAACCAUACAAGGUUAAGGACGUAUCGCGUGCUAAUUGCAAAGGUGUUGUUGCCGCAUCACUGGACGAGGUGAAAGCCAAAUCGGCCGAAAAAUUUGGCAAGAUGGAUGUACCAAACAUUCAUUUGGAUUCAGAUGGCACGGAAAUCGAUGACGAAGAUUAUUUCCAAACGCUUGAACCGAACACCGAAUUGGUUGCCGUUUUUGAAGGCGAACAAUGGAUUGAUCCAACACAUUACGUGACCAUAACAACGCGCCGAAAUUCCGCCGACACAACCGAUAGCCCAGACGUGGAACGUGUACAUUUGAAGAAAAUCGUCAGCCAAUUGAAGAACAACUUGUAUAAUGUGUCGGUGUUGAGCGAACCAGACCUUGAGAUGAUCACCAACAUGGACCCAAAUUCGGUGGCCGACAUCACGGGCAAAGAUUUCAUAGAACAGCUGAAAGAAGUUUCAGGCAGAUUCUUGCAUGAAAAACGAGAGGCUCUUGACGCAAUUGAGUUGCUAAAAUUGUUUGCCAAGCAUAAAGGCAUCAGCAUCGAAAUGGUGGCAGAAGAUGCACCGCCAAAUGAAACCCAAACAGCGACCAAUAAUUUCGACGAAUGCCAACAAAAGCCGCCACCAUCGCCGUUAUCACCACAGCUGCCAACUAGCGAUGUGCCCCCAUCACAGCAACAACACAUCAUAUUGACAUCGAAUACAAUUGCCGAAAAUCUUGUGAAAACAACGAAAGAAGUGAUUCAAAUGCAACCGGCUGCACCCAUCAACCAACUGCCAAAUGCUGUUCCACUGGCCUCCGAUAAGCUGCUCAUCGAACAGACAACUCCAAUUAACAUGAAGAAAACCACCUCCGACAUUUGAUAUAAGUUCAAACAUUUUAUACAUCGGAUGUGUUUCUGCAAUACCAUUCAUUCGCUCAAGACAUAAACCACUUUUUUCUUUGCAUCAAUUUUUCUUCUCAUUGCUCUCAACACUUGCUUUUUGCUUGAGAAACAACCAAUGCUCCAACUCGAAUCUCUUCAUUGGGAUCGGGGUAAGUGCGGUAUGGACAAUUAUUUAAUUCGUUAGUCAUGCAGCUCCAACAGAAAACGAGCAGUCGAACACGGACUCUCGCCUUUUGUUCAGCCAAAUGAACACAUAUAAUAUUCGGUUUUAAAUUCAACUUGCAAUGUAAAUAAAUACCACAAUUGAAUUUAUGUAGAGAAAGUGAGCAAGAGAAUGAGGGAAAAAUGCAAAACAUUCUGCUCGGUUUAAAAUAUAGUUCUCAGUUUCUUUGUCAGCAAAAAAGUUUAAAAAAAAACACGCUUGUGUUUUUCAUGUUUUUUUUUGUCUCUGUUUCGGGUUCGUGUUGAAUGAACCAUUUCAUGAUAUGUUAAUUGCAAGCGACAGUUUGUCAUAUGCAACAGCUAGAGGAAUUUUGUUUCCGAACUAACGGCAGUCAAACGAGAUCUACUCGACGAUGACGCCAUUUAAUAUAAAUAUCUAUGAAUGCAAGUUGUAUUAAUGAAUUUUUAAUACUACACACACACACACACACACACACACAAUGAAUGUUUAACAGAUUAAAGCAUUGUCGUGUCAUGCAUAACGAAUGACAUGGAUAUGGUAUAUCGUACGAAUACACAUUACACAUAGUGUGCAAAAUGGAUGGACUUUGCAGAAAUUACAACAACAAAUUUAUAUAAAUGCUUCUUUUACUCUUGGGCUGAACUAACUAGUCAACCGAAUGGCCUCUGUUCCAAGAAUGCUCUCAUCAUUUGAUGCUUAUUUUGUGUUGUUGGUAUUAUGUUCAUUUUGUGCAGCAGCAGAGGUGUGAUGAUGAUUGAGACAUUUCAUGGAUGAUUUGUAUCCAUUUUGUAUGACCACUGAAUACAGCUGUUUCGAAUACGUUCAACAAAGUCAUCGGUUUUAAUCAAAAGGAUUAAUACACUGUACACAUCUUUACUUUGGUCACUUCUCAAAUCUUUGCUUUAGUCAUUCUUCAUCGUGAAGCAACGAUUUCCACCAAUUGAACACUGAGUCUGAAAAGAUACAAAAAAUGCUGAUUCUUGUUGGAGAAAUGUUGAUGAAAUUUGCAGAAUCAUGCAAUUCUAAUAGCAUCCGGCUUCAUAUGGACUUAAAAUCCAAUUUGUAACAUCCAAAUUAUAUUUUGACAAAUGUGAAGAAAAAAAAUGUACUCUCGUAGCUUUCUUCUUGCAGAUAUAAUACAAAUGUUUGCCAUAUACAUUUAUUUCAUUUCCGAAUCAUAAGUGAACGACAAAGUUGUUCUCCAGUUCAAUUUAUUCAUUUCCCAGGGAAAAAAACGAACACCAUUGACUUCCUACCGAACGAAAAACGGAUGCAAUUUCUAGGACGCAAUGACAAAAUGAGCAUAUAAAACCAACGAACUUCGAUAAAUGAGCAAAAAAAGAGAUAUUUGAGAAAUGAAACGCCGAAAAAAAAUCGAGCAGAAAUCUAACGAAAAAAAAACUGUAUGAACGGAAUCAGAAAAAUGCAACAAGCCAAACGGUUGAAUAGUUUUCAUGCCAUUCGCAGUUCUAGUUCAUCAGAAAAUUCGACAAAUGUUCUAUAUAUGUACUUAAACUAGAGAGAAAAACAGCCAUUAGAAGUUCAUAUGUUGAGUAGCUGUGGUAUCAAAACGAACAAAUCAAAAGCUCAAAAAUCAUAUGUUAGAGUCGAAUGGCAGCAGCAGCAGUAGCGGCUGCAGUAAAUUGUUGACAUUUGGAAAAAAAAAAUUGCUGGUCGCUAAAGUUUGUGAACAACAACAAAGAUUUAGUUUUAGGUAUUUUUUUUUCUCGAGUUUUCUCUGUGGAAUCACAUCAAUCACACUGAUAUUUAAAGCAAAAUAAAAAGCAACUCCUUUUCCAUUGUCAACCAAUCAAGAAAAAAUAUAUGUAAAUAGAACUUAAAAAUAAUAUAAUGAAUCCAAACCCAA